AAGCUACUAGAGACAUAAAAACCAGUCCUCAUCCAGUGAGCCUCUGUCUUGUUUCUAUCUACCCUUUGGCCACAUCUGCGUAAAUGGAGUAGUCGCCUUGAGCAACAGAGCAGAGGAGUGAGACGUAUUCUCUUUCAAUAAGCCUACAGAGCCAUACAGACAUAUACUGUAGCUAGAGAACAGCUGGUCAUGGGGAAUUGCCCUGUCAAAAUUCGAUCCAGUAUGCCAACCCUUGAGAAUCCAACUGAACCUGCAAUGUCAGACAAUAACAGGCCCAUGGUGGUGUCCCUUUAUGACUUCCCCUCCCAAGAUCCCUUGGAAUCCAGCAUCCGCAUGGGGGAGAGGCUCACUGUGUUAUCAGAUGAUGGGGAUUUUUGGAUGGUGCGAUCCACAACAACAGGCAAUGAGAGUUACAUCCCCAGCCACUACACUGCCAAAGUAAUAAACAGGUGGCAGUAUAAUGGCAUCAGCAGGUUAAAUGCAGAGGAGCUGCUGUUGAUGCCACACAAUUACACAGGGGCUUUCCUGAUACGACAGAGUCAGACAAACACAGACACCUAUUCGCUCUCGGUCCUUGGGAGGACCGACUCCUCGUACAUGGGCACAGUGAAACACUACCGCAUCCGUCGCCUCCAAAACGGCUGGUUCUACAUCUCCCCCAGCCUCACCUUCUACACCCUGGGCCAAUUGGUGGAACACUACUCUGAGUCAGCAGAUGGGUUGUGCUGUUUACUGAGGGAGCCUUGCAUCAUCCAAGGCUCAAACAAUACUACUAUGACUAGACCGUACCCCAAAGCUAUCAGGAGGCCCACCCUCAACUGGAAGGACGUAGACAGCUCAUUGAUCUUCAGUAAGGGCAGAGUGGAUUCAGAGGACUCGCUGGUGAGCAAGGGGCUGAGGGAGGCCAUGAGCUCAUACCUCUACAUGACAGAGGCCAGCUGCCAGGACUGUGGCAAACACUGGGAUACCUGAUGAGAGGGAAGACUGAGAGUAAAAUAAUAAUACAUAAUACUGUCUGGUCUGCCGCUGCCCCGGCCCAACGGUACUAGGCCAGAAAGGGUGACCUAAACAAAAGCAUAGAGGAAGUUAAAAAGUAGUAAGCCUACCAUUUACAACCACAAUGAAAAAAAUGAGCACAAUUCAUGUCUUGAUGGUAAAAUGUGGGUUUGGGUUCAGGUAGCCACAAGGAGCCGUGUUACUUGGCACUUCUAAUGCUACUGGUUCUUCUUCUCAAGAGCAUAUUUCACAAGGUGAAACCUAUGAUUUAUAUAUAUAUCUACACUAGAUGACUGACAGGGGGUGCAUCUCCAUCUUGUCACUCCCCCACCCUUGCAAAAAAUAUUUUGGAAGUUAUAGAAAUGCAUGUAUUAAUGUCUACAUUCAUUUUUGCCAUAUUUAUUCUAUUACGGACACCUUAAUGCAUACUAUUAAAUUGUAUGAUGUGAGCUAAACAUUAACAUUUAAAAUACAAAUAUAUAUAAAUACAUACUUUCUUAAAGUAUAACUUGUUGAAAGUACUAAUGUUACUGUCCCCACUACAACAACAAACACUUAAAUAUGUGUAAUUGUGUCUUUGAAAUAUUUAAUUGAAAUACUGUAGAAUUCCAUUCAUUCCUAUGGAGCAGGGUUUUUCAAACUCGGUUUUAGUUUUUUCCCGUCACUACACAGCUGAUUAAAAACCCAAAGCUUGAUGAUGAGUUGGUUAUUUGAAUCAGCUGUCUAGUGCUAGGGGGAAAAAUUUAAAAAGCUUCACCCAGGGCGGGUCCAAGACCGAGUUUGGGAAACGGCUCCUUCUGGGGAGUGACAAUAUGGCCGACCAGUUGCUUUAAAGGCUCUUAUUGGCCAAUACAUAGUAUCAGCAAUCCAGGGUUUAUAUACAUUGGAUGGAACUCAGAGGUCUUAUGAUGUGAGGAGCACUUCCUUUCAGCUUAUGGAAGGUUUCAUACUGAUGGUCCUCACAGAAACACCUAUGUAUUGGUCUAUUUUGAAUCAAAGAAGGAAGAUCACUGAAAUACAAUAAUGUUGUAUCUGGACUAAAGGGAGAACCCAUUUGUAGUUUCAUAUGCAAUCUGUUUGUAUGAAUGAAUUGCCAUGUCUGAGUAAAGAACGUCACGCUGCUUGCAUAACAAGAAUCAAUUCCUCCUGAUUCGGCCCAUACCUGGCGCGAACUCGGGACUUCUGCCUUGCUAGCACACGUGACCACCCUCCUGAAGCAUCUUUCCACUCGACGCCAUGCGAAAACUAGCUAGCGCAAAUGAAGACACUUAAGGCUGAGGAGUACUAACUCAGACGUUUUUACCAGAAUGUGGCUGUGGGUGAGAAUGAGUAAUAAAUAAAUAGUUCUGAGUGA